AUGUCAGCGUCAGCGACGAAUGAGAACAAGGCAGCAGGCUCAAGCCUCGGCUCUGUAUCGACUACUCACAGUAGUCCAACGACACCUCUCGCAUAUGAUCUCGUCAAUACGACAGAAGGCAUUUCUAUCUUGAUCGACAAUCUCAGCGAACUACCCAAUGAUGCAAUCCCAUCGCAUUAUGUUGACCUCGAAGGCGAUAACCUCAGUAGGCAUGGCACCAUCUCAAUCCUCCAGCUGUAUGUGGCUCCAAAACAACACACCUACCUCCUCGAUAUUCACUGUCUGGGCGAAAAGGCUUUCUCGACCCCGGGCAAGAGGACAGGCAAGACGAUCAAAGUAUUCUUGGAGAAUCCUGACGUAAAGAAGGUGUUCUUUGAUGUUAGAAACGACUCGGACGCUCUGUUUCAUCACUUUGAUAUCAAUCUGGCCGGGAUUCAAGAUCUUCAACUUAUGGAGUUUGCCUCACGUUACAACAAGGCCGGAUUUCUCAGAGGGCUGGUAAGAUGCAUAGAGAGGAAUGCCCCGCUAACGCCGGAGGAAAGUCUGAGCUGGAGAGCCGUCAAGACAAUAGGGCACAGCCUGUUCAAUCCGCAGUCGGGCGGAAGUUAUGCGGUCUUCAACCAGCGGCCCUUGUCUCCGGAAAUUCUUCGAUACUGCAUCCAGGAUGUUCAAUACCUUCCUCGUCUCUGGGCUGUGUACGAUCAAAGGCUAGAAGAGAAUUGGAAGCAAGUCGUGGAGAGGGAAACGAAGAAUAGGAUACUGCGAUCCAAAGCAUCUGAUUACAAUGGCCAGGGCAGGCAUAUGACGGAGCCACCUGUCGAUUGGGCUGUGAGAAACCCAGAAACCGCCGCCAAUAUCCAGCCUGAGCCAACUCCAAUUCCUCGAUACACGUAGCGUCAAGUUGAGGGGGUUUGAUGGCGGUUUUCACUGAAGAAAAUGGAGUUUCUCAUUGGCAGUUGUCGAAGGUUUCUCCUUCUACAUUGCGUUUAUUCCGGAGUCAUAAUUGAGGCAAUGGGGUUGCAGGCUCUGUGCUAGACAUGUCCAUAUUUUGUGUUGGAAUCUUACAUCAGUCGGUUAUGGCAUGG